AUGGAUAUGGCGAGUGAAGGCCGAGAUGCGGCGGUCGAGCAACACAUUCGGCGUCUCCUUUACAUUUCCCAUUUCCUGUCCAUGUGGAACUCCAGGACAUUCGAAUUCGCCGCCUUCCUCUUCCUCGCCACCAUCUACCCGCAGACUCUUCUCCCGGCUUCAGUCUACGCAUUAGCUCGAGCAGCGUCGGCUGCCGUCUUCUCGCCGUGGAUCGGGAAUUUCAUAGACAGCGCAGAACGGCUCUAUGUCAUCAGGCUCUCGAUUGGUGGUCAACGAAUCGCGGUCGCCGUCUCGUGCGGUCUACUUUACGCCUUCGUUCGGUGGGAGAGCGUCCGCAGCAGUGCUGUGAUCUCAUUCAGCGCCCUCGCUGCCCUGUCUGUCUUGGCCUGCGUGGAAAAGUCUUGCGCGAUCAUGAAUACCAUCUCCGUCGAAAGGGACUGGGCGGUUGUGAUUGCGGGAGGAGAUGAACCAAAUUUGCAGAUCAUCAACUCUCAAAUGCGACGCAUCGACCUCUUUUGCAAAUUGAUGGCUCCCUUACUGAUCUCGUUCAUCGAUGGUGCCUCGACGACGCUUGCGAUCGUCGUUACGGGAGGCUUGAGCGCCGUUUCCGUGCUUGUGGAAUACUUCACCAUUGCACGAGUGUACCGCUUGGUUCCCGAACUACAGCGACGUCCUGAUGAAACAGCUCGCACUGCUGGUAACGCCGCGACCUCAGCCCUGGCAGGGAUCCACUACGCCUUCAGUGCUACUCGGACUUAUCUGACCCACCCAGCUUUUCUGCCUUCCUUUUCCCUGGCCCUUCUCUAUCUCACAGUGCUGUCGUUCAACGGCCAAAUGAUCACCUACUUAAUCGCCCUGGGACUUUCAUCGAGCUUGGUCGGUGUCCUUCGUGGAAUAGCCGCCAUCUUUGAGCUCUCCGCUACGUGGAUCGCGCCGCGAGUCAUGCGAUACAUGGGACCCAUUCGGGCUGGCAUCUGGUUCCUCAACUGGCAAAUCUUCUGCGUUGCAGCUGCUUGCCUCUGCCUGUGGCUUGACCUCGGGACCGUUGCAGCAGCGACUGGCACCGUCUCUUGUGUGAUUGCCAGCCGCAUUGGCUUGUGGGGCUUCGAUCUCAGCGCACAGAUCAUUGUGCAAGAAGAGGUUGAGGCGGCUGUUCGGGGACAGUUCUCGAGUCAGGAGUUCGCCUUCCAGAACAUAUUCGAAAUGUUGUCCUUCGCCAGCACGAUUGUCUUCUCCCGUCCCGAUCAAUUCAAGCUGCCGGCUACCGUGUCCGCAGGAGCUGUGGGAGUGGCAGGCAUCUUGUACGCCGCUUUUGUACGAGCCAGACGUGGGCACCUUGUGCACUUGUCCGACUGUGUGGAUCGCUGCAGCAAACGUGCGCCGAGUCGCGAUCACCGUGGUUGGAUGUCCGUUCCCCAAAACGAAGACAGCGCGCAUGAUUUUGCGCCCCUCUCGGAAUCGGGUGGCCAAGAACGCAUCGAGCUGGAUGAAGCCUGA